CAUUCUUUCUCUCUGUAAAUCUCCAGGGGUCUCCAUGUCUAACAAUGCUCCUGGAAGAUAGUAGUUAGUACAUGUUGAGGGCUUGGGUUACUCUAGCUCUUCAGACUCAGAGUUCACUGGAUUCUGGUCCGUUCUACUUGUCCUACUGUUUAUUAAACUGUAUCUAUAGUUUCAACUUCUCUUUGCUGUGCUGUGCAGAAUCCAAGGGCAGCCUGCAGGAGCUUGUGAGGCGGCUGAGAGAGGGUGCUAUGAUGUACCUUCCAGCCCCUGGGAUUAUCUCAUCCCUCUAGUGCUUGGCCAGGGGUGGGAGGGUGGUGGGUGGGGGUUGGCUUUUUAAGAAGGGGAGGAUCUCUUGAUAAGUGGCUUUGGAAGGUCUGAAAAACAGAUGGUGUGCCCUGCAGAGCAGCAGCCAUCAAAAGCACAGCUACACAGGCUGGUCAUUUCUGGUGCCAUGCUGUUUAUAUGCUGCUUGGUGGCUUUAUCUCCCUAGAGAGGCCCCCCCCUGCUUCUCGGGGGCCGGGAUGGGGGGUGGCCUUGUUCUCCUUUCUCCUUUUUUCUGCCUAUUGUGAAGUAUCUAGCACUUGCUCAUCAGAGCCAUGGUUCUCUGCUCUGUGCCAAGCACCAGGCUGAGCUUUCCCACUACCAGCAUGGAGGGGGUGGGGCUGGAGCUUGUCCUCCCCACUGAAGGGCACUUCCCUGCAGGUGACCUCCUGCCUGGCCUAGCGCCAUGCACACCCUCGUGUUCCUGAGCACACGGCAGGUGCUCCAGUGCCAGUCUGCUGCCUGCCAGGCCCUGCCCCUGCUGCCGCGAGAGCUCUUCCCCUUGUUGUUCAAAGUGGCCUUCAUGGACAAGAAGACGGUAGUGCUGCGUGAGCUGGUGCACACUUGGCCUUUCCCGCUGCUCAGCUUCCAGCAGCUGCUGCAGGAGUGUGCCCACUGCAGCCGGGCCUUGCUGCAGGAGCGGCCCAGCACAGAGAGCAUGCAAGCCGUGAUCCUGGGCCUGACUGCCCGGCUCCACACCCCGGAGACUGAGCCUGGCACACAGCCCCUCUGCAGGAAGCAUGCGCUGCGGGUGCUGGAUAUGACGGGCCUCCUGGAUGAUGGUGUGGAGCAGGACCCUGGCACCAUGAGCAUGUGGGAUUGCACGGCAGCUGUGGCCCGCACGUGCAUCGAACAGCAGCAGGGCAGGACUGCAGAGCCUGGCCUGGCCCCUGUUCCUGUGGAGGUGCGUGUGGACCUGCGGGUGAACCGGGCUUCCUAUGCAUUCUUGCGGGAGGCACUCCGCAGCAGCGUAGGCAGCCCGCUGCGGCUCUGCUGUCGGGACCUGCGGGCUGAGGACCUGCCCAUGCGCAAUACAGUGGCCCUGCUGCAGCUUCUGGAUGCAGGCUGCCUGCGCCGCGUGGACCUGCGCUUCAACAACUUGGGCCUGCGUGGCCUGUCCGUCAUCAUCCCACACGUGGCCCGCUUCCAGCACCUGGCCAGCCUGCGGCUGCACUAUGUGCAUGGGGACUCUCGGCAGCCCUCCGUGGACGGUGAGGAUAACUUCCGCUACUUUCUGGCCCAGAUGGGCCGCUUCACCUGUCUGCGGGAGCUCAGCAUGGGCUCCUCUCUCCUCUCAGGGCGGCUGGACCAGCUGCUCAGCACCCUGCAGAGCCCCCUGGAGAGCCUGGAGCUAGCCUUCUGUGCCCUGCUGCCCGAGGACCUGCGUUUUCUGGCACGGAGCUCCCAUGCUGUCCACCUCAAGAAGUUGGACCUGAGUGGCAACGACCUGUCUGGGAGCCAACUGGAGCCCUUCCAGGGUCUGUUGCAGGCAGCAGCAGCCACACUGUUGCACCUCGAGCUGACCGAGUGCCAGCUUGCUGAUACCCAGCUGCUGGCCACACUCCCUGUGCUGACUCGUUGCGCCAGCCUCCGCUACCUCGGCCUCUAUGGCAACCCGCUGUCCGUGGCAGGGCUCAGGGAGCUACUGCGGGACUCAGUGGUGCAGGCUGAGCUGCGCACAGUGGUGCACCCUUUCCCUGUGGACUGCUAUGAGGGCCUGCCCUGGCCACCGCCUGCCUCUGUCCUCCUGGAAGCCUCCAUCAAUGAGGAGAAGUUUGCUCGCGUGGAGGCCGAGUUGCACCAGUUGCUACUGGCCUCAGGCCGUGCGCAUGUGCUCUGGACCACAGACAUCUACGGGCGCCUGGCUGCAGAUUACUUCAGCCUGUGACCUCCAAGCUCUGGGUGAGAGACUGUCCCGGGGUCCAGGGCUGCUGGAGGCCCCUUGCCCCUUGGGUAGGCAGAGCCUAUCCUGGAACCCUGUGGAGGCCUGACACAAUGGCAGUGGCCUCUCAUUUCUUUGCUCCAGGGCUCGCCUUGAGCCUCCCCAUGCUUUCUGCAGCACCGUGUGCAGUUUGUUCUGCACCUGCUCCCCUGGCUGGCUGACCAUCUGUGGGCCCGAGGGCUGGAUUCCAGGCCUACAUGGCCCUGCUUGGUUUGGCUGCACUUAGCUGCCCUUCAGUGUCCUGGGGUCUUCAAGCUGAGAGAUGAUGUUUUCCUCUAGGCCCUCCCCAAGAGCAGAUUGCUCUGGGUUGGAAGUUGGGACAAGGGCCUACUUCGUGGAGGGUUGGGCUCCUAGGCACUUUGGGGCCUCUUACCUUUUCUGGGUUUUGGUGCCAGAAGGUGUCUUAAAGGUACAAACGUGCAGUGUGCUUAGAACUUAAAUCUGUGACUUUUUUCUGUCUUAA